AUGAAAGGUGUUGGCUGGGAUGUUGCUGCUCUAGGAAAUGCUGUCUGGGGUGGGGCUAAAUUGGCAGAUGUUCUAGAACUUGUUGGGAUACCAAAGUUGACAAGUGCUACACCAUCAGGUGGAAAGCAUGUUGAAUUUGUCAGCAUUGAUAAGUGUAAGGAGGAGAAUGGGGGCCCGUAUAAGGCAUCAAUUCCAUUGUCUCAGGCCACUAACCCUGGCGCUGAUGUUUUACUUGCAUAUGAGAUGAAUGGGAAGGUAAGUAUUCUCUCUUCUAUGAGAGAACAUAUUUUAUACUGAUUUAUUUGGAAAAUAAAUAUGUUUCUCAAUCACUUUACCUGUUAUGAUAUAGAUUGCAUAUUUUAAUUUGUCUACUUUUUCUUGCUUUUGGCUCUUAACCUCCGUUCAAGUUCCUUCAUUGCAUUUUUCUCUUGGUUUUGGCAGGAUGCUGUUAAUGUAGUCUUUUCAAUACAUUCUCCUUUACACAAUUAUUACUGUAUAAAUAGUCAAAAUACAUUUUGUAUGACUGAUGCAUUGCUAUAAUGCUAAAAGUCGAAAAACAUGGUCCCAACCCAACCUAUAUUACAUCGACUUGGAUGGGUGUUGGGUGCAGAUGUGUCUAAAUGUUGGGUUCAUUUAAUUUUCAUGUGUAAGGACACUAGGACACAACUACAUUUCAUAUUUCUUGAGUACUGCUUUUAUCUUGUUAGGGCAAAGUGGUGUUUACAAACUAAUAUUUAACAUUUUGUGGAUAAAAUGGGAGUCUUAUGCAUAGUUAUGUAGGAAACUUGACUACCUAGGCAUCAAAGAGUGUGUGUCUAACUAAGCAUGCCUAAGUAUUGAGUAUUUGACACAGGUAAUUCACAAAUGUGGUUAAUGUCUGUCAGGGAAAUGCGGGCCUUUGCCUUUUCCUUUUAAGUUUCCUUUGGUCUAUAUUCUUGUUGAGUGAUUUGUGUUUGGAUAAUGAAUGCCCAAAUUCCUGUAUUCAGUGGUCCACAAAGGUAAUGGCCUUUGUUCCUGCAGAUUAUCUGAGAUA